AUGCACUUAAGAUGCACUUUUUCUUAUUUACUGUACCUAUGUAGACACGUGUUUUUCUUAAUCUUACUCAAUCUUUUAUUUAUUUUUAUCUCACCUUCCCUCUAUCCACUUUUUUACGUUCUCUCACUCUCUCACAUAAUCAUCUUUCUUUCUUUCACACUUUUUUCUUUCUUACUUUCAGGUAUAAUUUUUACCUCUCUCAUGUACCGUCAUUCCUUCUCUUUCCCCACUCACGUAUUGCCUUUCUUCCUCCCUAAUAACACUUUUCUCACUACUUUCUUUCUUCUAUGUUUCGUUUCUUCACCUCCCUCUCACAUAAUCUUUCUUUCUUUUUAUCCAUUCACGUAUUGUCUUUAUUCCUUUUCCUCCUCCUACAUAUCGUUUUUCUUUUUCUCUUCCUUUCAUACAUCAUGCUUUUCCCGUCUCAUAUCUUCUCUGUCUUUCCCUACUCACGUAGUCUUUAUCUCUCUUUCUUCUCUCCUCUCACACUGUUAUAUACGUUUUCUUUCUUCCUCUCUUCAUCUUAUCUAUUCCUCCCUAUUGGGUUAUAUUCUAUCUAAUUUUAUGAGAACUUGA